GGCCUCCACACACUAUCAAUCACUUGAGAACAUGAAAUUCCCUCUAAGAGGAAGCAAAAGCCAACAAAAGCCACACUUUUAUCCAAAACAAAAAUCCUAACUGACAUUGUGUGCAGGUAAGGUUGAACCUUAGCAACACAACAUGCUCAUCAUUUCUCUGUGUGGAAGCUGUUAAAAGGAGCUUAUUCCUUGCUCUCCAUGGCUUCUUUUCUUUCCUUAUCUCUUCCCAAAUUGAACUUAAUAAAGGCCUCAUCAGCUGCUAAUACCUCCACAACCACUCUUACAUCCCCUGAGGCACUCAAUGAGAAAUUUGGCAGAAAAGGCAUCAAGUUCUUGGAGUCUGAUAACAACAUUCCCAUUGUUGAGCUAACAGUCAGAAAUGGAAGCUCCCUGAGCCUAAGGAUACCUGAUGCUCAUGUCACAUCUUACAAACCAAAAGUUUUUUGGAAAGAUGAUGGGUUUGAGGAGGUUCUUUACACAGUUCCUGCUACUGAAUCAGGACUUUACAAAGCCAAAGGUGGGAUUGGUUUGGUCUUGAAUGAAGUGCUGCAACCUGGAGCAAAAGGAGUACUACCUUCCACUUUAGAGUGGAAUGUAGUUGAUAUUGAAUUUGAUUCCAUAGAUGCUCUCCAGGUUGAAUUGAGCUGCACUAGUAGAUUUUUUGACCUCACUUAUGUUGUCACACUCUAUCCUGUGAGCAUGGCCACUGCAGUUAUAGUUAAGAACAAAGCUCCCAAGCCUGUUACUCUAACGAACGCUAUACUAAGCCAUUUAAGAUUCAAGAGACGAUCCGGGACGGCAAUUCAAGGCCUCCGGCGCUGCUCAUAUAUCUCACACCCUCCUCUGGCUUCCCCUUUUCAAGUUCUGACUCCAUCAGAAGCAAUGAUAUCUGAGCCUCCUGGAUGGCUUUCUUUUGGUGCUGAGCCUGAAGUGAGUCCAGGCUCGUGGACUCAGCAAGGCGUGCCUAUCACCCUCCUUGAGAACAAGAUGAGUAGAGUUUACGCUGCGCCUCCAAAGGAAAGAUCAAAGGCGUUUUUCAACACCCCACCUUCCAAAUAUGAAACCAUUGAUCAGGGACGUGAGCUUUGCUUCAGGGUGAUAAGAAUGGGGUUUGAGGAUAUUUAUGUGUCAAGUCCUGGUUCCUUGUCAGAGAAGCAUGGAAAAGACUACUUUGUAUGCACAGGCCCUGCUUCAAUACUGGUCCCUGUGACUGUGAACCCUGGUGAAGAAUGGAGAGGAGCACAAGUUAUUGAGCAUGAUAAUCUAUCUUAAUCACAUUAACAAAUAUUAGUGUGUUUGGCAAACCAAAAAGCUACAUUUGUGGCUCCUCUCUGAAAGUGAUUAUGGACUCUCAACUCAACUGCAGAACCAAACACAUUCUUAGUUUACAUGUAUCUAAAAUAUAUUCCUUUCACUCUUUCUUUAAUUCUUCCCUCUGGCUUCUCUUCCAUUUUGACUUUUUUUUUUUUUUUUGUUUCUGAAGCAGGAUUUGUCCAAUACUAUUAAUAAAGGAGGUUACAUCA